GGUUGGUAGUGCCAACCAGGCAAAUGUCAAACUAGCUACCAAUUUUUGUUUAGUGUUGUUAGAAUACCAUUAUUUGAACAAUAUAGCUUUAUUUUGUUCUUCUAAAUUAAUAUUUGUUAUUAAAUUGUAUCAUUUCACCUAAUUUAAUUGGUCUCCCAUCUGUAACGGGAUUUUUUACGGUAAUAUUGAAUCGAAAAAAAACGACUUCAGCCGAGAGUCCAUCAGCAAUCAGUGUUUUUGGUGACGAGCGAAGGUCUCAUAAAAGUUGGCCGUUUUUUUCGUUAAGUUAUACGGCCGGUUAUAAAAAAGAGGACUCGUGUGUUUUCAUAGCGCCCGUCAACCUCUUAUCACAACGGAGAGCCCCAGGCAAUCGGGGCCACAAGCUCGUGUUUCGGGGAAGGACAGUGUUCCCCCCGCCAAGCGACGCUGGGUCCCACCAUCUACACUGCGCCAUCAACAAGAUGCCCUCACACCUGAGUCCCGAAACGAUCUUAUCUUUCGAAAAGUCCGCGGUAUCCUCAACAAGCUCACGCCAGAGAAAUUCCAGAAGCUGAGCGACGACUUGCUACGCAUUGAUCUUACUUCGCAUGUUGUUCUUAGAGGUGUAAUUCUGUUGAUUUUCGAAAAAGCCCUCGAUGAGCCGAAAUAUUCGUCUAUGUAUGCACAGUUGUGCAAACGACUGUCAGAAGAGGCGCCGAAUUUUGAACCACCGGGCUAUCCAUGCACAUUCCGUUUGUUGCUCCUUAACACUUGCAAAGCGGAAUUCGAAAAACGUAGCGAGACUUUCGAUAAAUAUGCCAGUAAUCCAGAGCUUGACGAGGAUGAGCGCCGUCAACUGGCCAAGCGUAAGAUGUUGGGAAACAUUAAAUUCAUCGGAGAGCUUGGUAAGUUGGAGAUCAUGUCAGAGGCGAUUAUACAUCGAUGCAUUCAGCAGUUGUUGGCGUCGAGAAAGGGCUGCGAUGCGUCUGAAGAUCUGGAAUGCCUUUGUCAGAUCAUGCGUACGUGCGGUCGAAUCCUCGACUCUGACAAGGGAAAAAUGCUGAUGAAUCAAUAUUUCGGCCGCAUGGCCAAUUUGGCGGAAAAUCCCGAGCUUCAACCGCGUAUACGGUUCAUGCUGAAAGACGUGAUUGAGUUGAGACGCGAUAAUUGGGUCCCGCGUAAGGCCAACGUGGUCGAAGGACCUGUGCCCAUCAAUCAGAUUCGACCGGAUGAGCAUGAACGGAUCGCGUUGAAUUAUCGCCGCGACAACAAUCGCAACAACCAUCAUGAUCGCGAUUCGGAUCGAUUCGCAAGCGUUUCUGAACUGUUCCGGCACCCAAUCAAGACCCGAUCAUCCGGCAUCGACGACAUGUUAAUGGGACUCAACAUAAGCUCAUCCACUAGCAAUUUGAUCACGCACCCGUUUAAUAGUCCCAACGGUUACGGUGCGCAACGGGGUGAUGUGGUGAGCGGUGGUGGUACAGGUGGCGGAUUCCGCACCUCCAACAAUCAACGCAAUAGCGGAUUCAACAAUUAUAGUAACCAACGCGGACAAUAUAAGCACAACCAGAACAACAGUAACAACCAAUAUAAUAAUCAAUCUAAUAAGGAUAUUGCACCUCGUUUUAAGAAGAACUUAAUCGUUGCCCGUGAACAAGACCUAGACGAGAUUCAACUGCGGCCCUCUGCCAAUUCGAUGCUUUUCAGCAAAGCGACUGUAAAAUCGAACCCCAUAACAAACAGUCGCCCAAUUGAUCCUCCGUUGCCCAUACCAAACUCUGUACCUAAACAGCCGCCCACCUUACUCAAGGAAACUGUACCCAUCAAGCAGGUCUCUGUUGAGAAACCGAAGCAGUCCAAAAAAGAUAAGGGUCCAAACAAGGAAGAAAUUUUGAAAAAGUUUACAUCUAUAUUGACUGACUAUUUGAAAUCAGAAGUAGAUCUCAAGCAAGCCAUUGAUUCUUACAAGGAAUUGAAUGUUCCUGAAAAAUUUUCUAAAGACAUCAUUUCUCGCACUUUAACUCACACCCUAGAAAAGACAGAUGAUGAAGAGCGCGAAAAGUCGGUGAAGCUGUUGUCGUGUCUGCGCAAAGAGUCUUUGCUAAACGCGAAUCUGAUCCAAGAGUCGUUUAGAACGUUGUUAAAUUUAAUGGACGAAGAAGGCGAGAACGAGACAACAACGAAGAUGAGUUGCGCGGGCGCUGCGCUCGUGGCGCACGCCGUAAGAGAGCAAUUGAUGUCUCUAGUUGACGUCGCUGCCCUGACCGACAACGGCUCGCACUAUCCGCUCUUCCUUUAUGUGCUCCAGCGCCUGCACAAACUCAUUGGUAAAAACGAAUUACUCGAACUGUUCAAUAGUAGCAAAAUCAAUUUGUUGUCCCAGUUGCCCGAGAGCGAUAAGACAAAAGAACGUUUAGCGGAAAUUCUGGAAGAGAGGGAUCUGACGUUCUUGUAUCCGCUGUUGCGUAUACAGGCGGAGCUCGCGAAACAGCUCCACGCCGACCCUAAUCCACAACAGUUCUACAAAUGGAUCAAGGAGAACCUCGAUCCAACUAAUUACACCGAUCCUGGCUUUAUUAAUGCACUUGUAACUGUUCUUCUCAAGUACAUCAUACAGGAGGCGGCAGCGUGCACCCCUGGGGACGAGAAAGCAAUAAUCGAAAAGGAACGCUCUUUCUUGGAACGAUACCGCCCCAUUUUGACAGCGUUCCUUCACGAACAGUCGGCCCUGCAAUUGGUCGCCGUCUACUCAUUGCAAGUUCACUUCUUCUCACUCGGUUUCCCUCGCGGCCAGUUGCUGCGUUGGUUUAUGGCUUUCUACGAUCUUGAAAUUAUUGAAGAAGAGGCUUUUCUCAACUGGAAAGAAGACGUCACUGACGCGUACCCCGGCAAAGGACAAGCUUUGUUCCAGGUGAAUAUUUUUAUAACAGUAUCAGUGAAAGUUUAUUUACGUCUUGUAAUGAUCUUAAUUUUUAUUGCGACAUUGGUACCUUUAUUCGCCCCAUAUGAAAUAUAUCGAUAAUGGGAAAAUAUAAAA